AUGUCUGCUGACCAGGCGGACCCCGCGCCCACCGCGGCUCCCACCAAAUCUCUCGGGAUGCGCAAGAACGGCAAGCAAUGGCACGAACCAAAGAAGGCGUUUCGACCCAACUCGGGUCUGACCCCGUACGAGAAGAGAGCGAAGCAGAGGGUGGAGAUGGCGGCGGUCAAGGCCAAGGAAAAGGAGAUGAAGGACGAGAAGGAAGCUGAACGUCAGAGGAAGAUCCAAGCAAUCAAGGAUAAGCGGGCGGCCAAGGAAGAAAAGGAGCGGUACGAGACGCUCCAGGCAAAGAUGCACAAGAAGAGGGUGGAGAGGCUGAAGAGGAGGGAGAAGAGGAACAAGAUGCUCAACUCGUAA